AUGUUUAUUCGUACUCUUUCAUCUAUUAAUCGAUUUUCUCUUCUAUCAAUACUUCGAACUCAUUCAACAACAUCUAAUACAACACAUUUUGGUUUUGAUGAAGUACCAGAAAAUGAAAAACAAACACGUGUUAAUGAAGUCUUUUCAUCUGUUGCUGAUAGCUAUGAUCUUAUGAAUGAUAUUAUGAGUUUUGGUAUUCAUCGUAUAUGGAAAGAUCAUUUUAUUCGUAUUGUUCGUCCUGAUCCACAAUGGAAUUAUAUCGAUGUCGCUGGCGGUACAGGUGAUAUUGCUUUUCGUUAUCUUAAAGAACUUGAUCGUUAUUAUCCAUCAGCAGCAUCCUCAAUACCACUUUCCGAAUCUCCAAUUACUCCAACACAUACCUAUAUAGCAGAUUCUCUUGAACAAACACGUAUACGACCAACAUCCAAAUGUGUUGUAGCUGAUAUUAAUCCAAAUAUGCUUGCUGUUGGUAAACAACGUUCAAUUGAUAAUAAUCUUCAUAAUCGUAUACAAUGGAUUGAAACGAAUGCUGAAGAAUUACCAUUUGAGGAUGAACAAUUUGAUGUAUAUACAAUUGCAUUUGGAAUAAGAAAUUGUACACAUAUUGAUCGUGUUGUAUCCGAAGCAUAUAGAGUAUUGAAAAAAGGUGGACGAUUUCUUUGUUUAGAAUUUAGUCAAGUUAAUAAUACAUUAUUACGUUAUUUUUAUGAUCAAUAUUCAAAAACAUUUAUACCACCCAUGGGACAAAUUAUAGCAAAUGAUUGGAAAUCAUAUCAAUAUUUAAUUGAAUCUAUACGUGUUUUUCCUAAACAAAAAGAAUUUGCUGAACUUAUACGUUCUUGUAAUUUUCGUUAUGUUAAUUAUGAAAAUUUAUCAUUUGGAGUUUCAGCUAUUCAUUCAGGUUAUAAACUUUAG